UAAUACUUGAUUGGUUAAUGUUUCGUUUUCUUUGGUUUAUCAUCGUUUGAGCGCUUAACUUCAUAAAGUAAAUACAAGCACUUUUAUAAUAUUAAAUUGAUUUUGUGAUGAAUAUUUAUUCCAAAAGUGUGUUUCGAUUGCUACAAUUUAUCCAUUUCUUUCUGAACUCAUUAUCUAACCAACAUAUUGAUUGAAGUUACAAAAAAUAUAUAACUGAAGUGAUCAAAUCGUUUUUAAAUUCCGUGCGAUAGUUUAUUAUAGAGGAAGGACAAAUAGUAACGAACUUAGCGAAUCUAUUGGUAAUGAGAACGUAACUAAUAAAAUCCUAUCUAUUUUAUUCUGUAUGAGUUGGUACGAGCUUAGUUACCCUAAUGCCGAUUGCCAUAUGAACGCGAAGUUCAACGAAGUGUCGUCCAUGCCAAGUAUAUUAGUUAAUCUUGGAAAAAAUACUUAAUUUUAAAGCCAUACCUGAGUACAAUAAUAGAUUUGGCUGGAACCUACAACCUGAUUAAAUAAAUAGUAUUGUCUGUCUCUGAGUGCACCGUCUAAGUGGCAGCCAAUUAUAUCUUAAUUCGUCGCAAGCAAAGAAACAUGGAAGGACAACAGUUUUGUUUACGGUGGCAUAAUUUUCAAAAUACUCUAUUGAGUUCUUUGCCAAAGUUACUUGACGGUGGGCAUUUAACAGAUGUUACUUUAAGUGCAGGAGGAAGACACAUUCAUGCUCAUAAAAUUAUACUUUCGGCUUGUAGUUAUUAUUUCAAAGAAUUGUUUAAGGACUUAAGCUCUUUACAGCAUCCAGUCAUCAUAUUACCAGGCAUGGAAUAUGGAAAUUUGUGUGCAUUAGUUACAUUUAUGUACAGUGGAGAAGUAAAUAUUUAUCAAGAGCAAUUACCUGCACUUUUAGCUAUGGCAAAUACUUUACAUAUUCGUGGCUUAGCUGAUAUUGGUGGGAAAAAUCCAAGGCAUGAUAAUGGCUUAUGCGUUCAAUCUCCUGUGACAACUCAACCUCCAGAGAAGACACUGGUUGAAGAAACAAUAAAGAAAGAAACUAAAGACUGCGUGACUGGGACAGAAUCGAUAGAAUCACUAUCAAUGCCUGAAGUUGUGCCUAAUUUGGAAGAAGAAUCUUAUAAUGAACAAGAAAGUAUACCAUAUUGUGUAAAGACAACGCCGUAUUAUUCGAUAAAUGCAAAAUUAAACCAGAGAGAAAAGGUACCUGGUCUUAUUAAUGCAUCAUCCAACAAAUACAUUGAGAAAGGGUAUACAGAUAAUGCGAUGGAUGAAACUGCUUCAGUAUCAGAAGAUAUGAACACAUUGCGAACAGACGUAAAACCGCCUAUUUGGGAUUCAAACUUCAAGUUCCUUGGCUCAACCGCAUCUAAUAGAACUUCACACAUUUACAAUAAAUCUAGUGUUACAUGUCACGUUUGUGGUAAACAAUUAAGUAAUCAAUACAAUUUACGAGUGCACAUGGAAACUCACAGUAACAGCUCAUACAGUUGCACAGCAUGCUCACACGUCUCACGGUCACGGGAUGCUUUAAGAAAACAUAUUUCAUAUAGACAUCCAGUAGCUACACCCCAAAAACGUUCACGGUACAACACUCCAAAACAAUAGAUUGUUAUUUCUUCGCCACAGACACCGAAUAAUAUACAUUUCCAUCUUAGAGGGGAAUUAUUUGUAAGUAUAGACCAAUUUGAGAAUGUUUUAUUAGUAAUAUUUUGAAAAUAAAUGAUCCAUUGUUAUCAUUUCUGUAGUAGUUAUGAUCUCUGCUUCAGAUUAAUGAAAGACAUUAAAUGUAUAAAUAUAAAUAAUAUAGUUUUUCUCUUGUUAUAUCUGUAAUUUUACAGAUAAAGUGAAAUGUGUUCAGGCUAAUACAGAUUCCCCCGUUUUUAAAUUGUUAUUGUUGUCUUGUUACCGUUACCAUUUUAAUAAAGGAGAACAUAAUCAAUUAA